UUCAACAUAUCAGGCUUUCCCCAGGUCAUAGGAGUGGUCGACGGAACACACAUUAGACUAAAUGGAGCUCCCUUGGGCCCUGGUGAGCACGUCUAUAUGAACAGAAAAGGAUAUUACUCCAUCAACACCCAAAUAAUUUGUGAUACCAAUUACAAGAUCAUAAACAUUUUGGCACGCUGGCCAGGCAGCACUCACGACAGCAGGAUAUUUCAGAACAGCAGAGUUGGACAGACUUUUGAAGAUCUACAACAGCAUGGUCUACUUCUUGGAGAUUCGGGUUACGCUUUAAGACCAUACCUGAUGACACCAGUGCUAAAUCCAAGGACUCCUGCAGAACAGGCUUACAAUAGAGCACAUGCUACAACGAGAGUGAGAAUCGAACAAGUCAACGGCCAACUAAAGCACAAAUUCAGGUGCUUACUGAAUGGUAUGCAAAUGGCACCCAGAAGAGCGUGCAAGAUCAUCACUGCAUGCGCCGUAUUGCACAAUGUGGCUAAAGAUUUGAAGCAGCCUGAUGAAGUAGACUUUGGUAUUGAACAACAUGAACACGAACCAGACAGGGACGACCACAUUGUAGACAACGGCUUAGCCAUCAGAAACACUAUUAUUGCCAAUUAUUUCCACUAGAUUUUUAUGAUGAAGACUUCUAUAUACUGUAACCAAGAAUCUUUUUCAACAUUCACUGUCACUGACCUUAUUGUUUAUCUAUAUUUUAUAUCAUUCAAACAUACUUAUUUUUAGGGUGGACUUCCCCUGCUUUAA